AAGAACAUCAACAUGACGAGAAACAUAACGUUGGUCUCGUCUCUGUUCUUUUGGUUUCCUAAUUAGAAAAGUGGGUUACUUUUUUUUUGUUUGUAUUAUUGAUAUUUUUAUUUUACAUUUAUUUAUUCUUCUCGCUUUGACGAUGCGUUGCGAGCCGAGAGCAAGGAUGGCGACGACCCUGACAAAGACAGCUAACCUCAUCACUGCACUGGUUUUCGUUUUCCAGUUGCAAAUAAGCUUCACGAGGUUUAAAUCCACUUAUGGAGUCUACCGUGCCGACACAGAGGGGCCGUCUCCUCCGGACGUGCGGCCGUUUGUCGUCGCAGGGAGCAAUAAGCGCAGGUCUGGGGCCCCGGGCUGGGAUGCGGAUAAGAGGGGCCACUACAGAGACCAGCACAGGCCGGAGGAGUCCGAUCCAGACCUGCUGUUGGACGAGGGGCACAACAAUUCCACACAGAUUGUGGACAUGGAUCAUGUUUACUAUACAUCUAAAAUCUACGGUUCUGGAGACGCCGGCAGUAAAGAGCUGUGGGUGAACAUCGAUGAGAUGGAAAAGGAUGAGUGGAAGGUCUGUGGCUUUCUGUCCAGCACCUAUCGACAAGCUGAGAGAGUGAAUCUGUCCUUCUACUUCCCUUUCUAUGGACAUUUACUAAAAGAAAUCACAGUGGCAACUGGAGGUUUCAUUUACACUGGAGAUGUGCUUCACAGAAUGCUCACAGCGACUCAGUACAUAGCUCCUCUGAUGGCCAAUCUCGACCCGAGCCUGUCCAGUAACUCUACUGUGUUUUACUGUGACAACGGCACCGCACUGGUGGUUCAGUGGAGUCGGGUUUACCUCCAGGACAACAUGAGCCUCGGGAGUUUCACCUUCCAGGCCGUUCUGCACAGUGAUGGACGGAUCGUCUUUGCAUACAAAGAGAUUCCUUUAGACAUCAACAACAUCAGCACACACCAUCACCCUGUUAAAGUGGGCUUGUCGGAUGCUUUUGUGGUUCUUCAUGAGAUACAGCAGAUCCCCAAUGUUCGGAGGAGAACCAUUUAUGAGUAUCACAAAGUUGACAUCCUCAAGUCCAAAAUUGCAAAUUGUACAGCUGUGGAAAUGCUGCCUCUCCCAACAUGUCUGCAGUUCUCCAGCUGUGGUCCGUGUGUCACCUCUCAGAUCGGCUUUAACUGCAGCUGGUGCAGCCGGUUACAAAGAUGCUCCAGUGGCUUUGAUCGUAAUCGGCAAGAUUGGGUCGACUUCGGCUGCCCGGAGGAGAGACGAGAUCUCCGGUGCCUCGGAACGACCGGCACGUCUCGCCACCUCACACAGUCGACCACCCCCGAUGUCCCAAUGACCACAAAGCAGCACCGGUCCUCCGGCAUGACCCCCAAACCCCCCCGCAAAACGUCCUCCGUCAACAAACCCUCCCCCCACAGCAGCAGAGGAGGGUCCUCUCCACCGCCUCCGACCAGCAAACCUGCAGACGCAGGAAACGAGGAGGCCGCGGGAGUGAGCGACGGGUGGCCGCAGACGGGUCUACUCGCGGGCAUCGUCAUGGCGAUGGUCAUCAUGGGCGCAGCCGUCCUCACGUCAGUCUACAUGUACAACCACCCCACCUCCAGCGCCAGCCUCUUCUUCAUGGAGCGGCGGCCGACUCGCUGGCCAAUCAUGAAGUUCAGGCGAGGCUCCGGUCGGCCUUCUUACACCGAGGUGGAGGCUCCGAGUCAGGACGGCUCGGUGGUCAUCGACCCCAAACAGGCUUUUGUCAUGUCCGACCGGAGAGAGAGCGAACAGAAAGAAGGAUUCAUAGUUCCUGAUCAGAGGGAGCGCUGCCUCGUCUCGGAGAGAUGACCAAAGCCACAUAUUCCAGGAGGACUUUAUUUUUCAUUCAGCCGCUGCUCAAGAUCUUUUGAGUGUUCAGAGUAAAAACACCAAACCUUUGUGGAAAUGUUCAGGUCAACCGAGAGGAAGAGGUGAAAGCUGGGUGUUUGUUUUGAGGGCUGUUAUUUUCCAGGCUUAUGUGUUCCCACACAGGAUCCCACACAUCCUUCAAAGAGGAAUGUCAUAUCCGAGUGUCAUUUCCUCAUCUGAAAAAGCCAAACUAAAUUCCUCAGUCACACCCACCUUCAUCUGAGGGCAGACUGGGUCCACAGUGGAUCAACUGUCUUGGACUCAAUAUAAACAGACAAAUGUAAUGAUUGUAAUAUCUUAAAUGUACAGCAAAACAAACAGAAAAUACAACUCUUUUUUUAACAUGAUAUGGUCUCAUCACGUUCAGAUGUAAAGGUAAAAACAGUGCCGGUUAAAUGAACUAAUGUUACAGACAAGUUGUAACUAAAAUACUAUGUAAUCGUUUCACCAGCUUCAUCUUUUUUAUUCUUUUACCUCAAAUGUUGGUUGAAUUUGACCUGAUUAAAAGUAGUUUUAUCUACUGCACACUUCCACAAGAAAACAUGAGAAUCACUCACGUACCGUACAAGCUGUACAAUUUGUAUUUAAGGCAGUUUAUAAUUUAAAGAGGCAAACCGAUGGAUCAUCUUAAUACUGGUCUGUAGUUUCGCGGUCAAGGCACGUCCAUGGUGAAGUUUAACGGUCCCGCUUUGAUUAGAUCGUGUCUUCUGAAAGAGAAUCAAUCAAAUUGCACUUCUUUUAAUGAGUGAAUAUUGAAUAAAUUAGUGAUGUAAAUAGGUGUUUUAUGCUGGAUUACAUGUUAGUGUAAAAAAGUUAAUCGUGGUUUUAUUUUCUGUACAUUUGUGACGUUUCAGUAUAAUGCCAUAAAUUCAGAUAGUAUGUUGCAUAUGAUUGUACACGUAUGUGCUCACCUUUUACUGGCGGUGCAGGUAAUCGCCUCCUCGACUGCUUUGAUGACUCCACAGUGACGGGCUGUAAUAAGUCAAACUCAGGUUUUGAAAAAUUGUUUCUAGACAUAAGACUGGUAGUAACAAUAUUAAUGCAUACCGGUACCAUAAUUGGAACGCUCUUAGUGAAGCGCGAGCGUUGUGUGUCCACAUUGAGGCCUGCGCUCUUCAAAGCGGCGAUUCUGGCAGAGAUGUCGCCAAUCUGGAGAGGAAACCAGCCACAGUACAAGUUUUACUUUAACGCCAAUCAGUGUUUUUAUGAAUUCGCGCCCCAACAUAUAGCAGCACGGGCCUUUCUAAAUGUGUGCAUGCAGCUUUAACUCACCCGCAGCUCAGACUGUUGAACCUUAGCAGCCGCCGAUGCCACCUGCUCCUCCAGGUAGGACAGCUCCAUGUCCGACGUGGCGCUGCAGACGUCCCGAGCACAUUCCUCCAGGUCGCUGAGCUCCGCCUCCAGACCGUACACCUCCCCGGCCGCCACGUACACCUGCAGCAGGAUUGAGUUCACAACUUAAACCUGUCGUACGUGGUCAUUUACAGGGAAGUAGAAAGCGACCCGGUAAUGUGUCAUUUUCUCUGUGCAGGGUCUUAAUGUAUUAAAAGUUGAUUAAUCCA